CACACAGCCUCGGCGUCUCAAAUGGGAGCACCUCACGCGUCUGGACGACUUGUACCUUUUCCUCAGUAACUUUGAUGGGGACUUCGACACCACGCAGGGAAAAUGCCUGUCAUGAAAGGAUUAUUGGCGCCACAGAACACGUUUCUGGACACUAUAGCCACGAGAUUUGAUGGCACUCACAGCAACUUCAUCCUGGCCAACGCUCAAGUGUCGAAGGGCUUCCCCAUUGUCUACUGCUCCGAUGGCUUCUGCGAGCUCACGGGCUUCUCCCGGGCCGAGGUCAUGCAGAAGAGCUGCGCCUGCAAGUUCCUCUACGGGCCCGAGACCAGCGAGGGCAUCAUCCUCAGCAUCGACGACGCCUUGGAGGAGCGCAAGGAGUUCAAAGAUGAGAUCAUGUUCUACACAAAGACAGCUGUUCUUUUCUGGUGCCUCCUGGACAUUGUGCCAAUUAAGAACGAGAAGGGCGACGUGGUGCUCUUCCUGGCUUCGUUUAAGGACAUCACUGACACUAAAGCCAAAGCCAUCCAAGAGGAUAAAAGGGAAGAGCGGCGGCGCAGCAGGGUGAAAACCGGCUCUCCAUUCAGCUCGGCGCGUCUGCGGAGCAGCACCGUUCUCUACCACAUAUCUGGUCACCUCCACAGCCGGGAGAAGAGCAAGAUUAAACUCAACAAGAACGUGUUUGGGGAUCCGCCUGCUCUCCCAGAGUACAAGGUAGCAGACGCAAAGAAAUCCAAAUUCAUCCUGCUGCACUACAGCACGUUCAAGGCGGGCUGGGACUGGCUCAUCCUGCUCGCCACCUUCUACGUCGCCGUGACCGUGCCCUACAACGUGUGCUUCAUCGGGGACGACGACGACCUGACGCGCAGCACCACCGUCAGCGACAUUGCUGUGGAGAUACUAUUCAUCAUCGACAUCGUUUUUAAUUUCCGCACCACCUACGUCAGCAAGUCGGGCCAGGUGAUCUUCGACGCUCGGCAGAUAUGCAUCCACUACCUGACCACGUGGUUCAUCAUCGACUUGGUGGCUGCUUUGCCCUUUGACCUGCUCUAUGCCUUCAAAGUCAGUGUGGUGUCCGUGGUGCACCUGCUGAAAACUGUGCGCCUGCUUCGUUUGCUGCGCCUGCUCCAGAAGAUGGACCGGUACUCCCAGCACAGCACAGUGGUGCUCACCCUGCUCAUGUCCAUGUUCGCCCUCCUGGCCCACUGGAUGGCCUGCAUCUGGUACAUCAUCGGCAAAAUGGAGAUGGAGGCCAACGCCUACAACUGGGAUAUCGGAUGGCUCCACGAGUUGGGGAAGCGUCUGGAGUCGCCGUACUUCGCCAUCGGGGGUGUUAAUGGGACCGGCAACGGUCCCUCCAUCCGCAGCGUCUACAUCGCCUCGCUCUACUUCACCCUCAGCAGUCUGACCAGCGUGGGCUUCGGCAACGUGUCGGCCAACACAGACGCCGAGAAGAUCUUCUCUGUUUGCGUCAUGCUCAUAGGAGCGCUGAUGCACGCGCUGGUCUUCGGUAACGUGACGGCCAUCAUCCAGAGGAUGUACUCACGCUGGUCCCAGUACCACACCCGAACCAAAGACCUCAAGGACUUCAUCCGUGUCCAUCACCUGCCGCAGAGCCUCAAGCAGCGGAUGCUGGAGUACUUCCAGACGACGUGGUCGGUCAACAACGGCAUCGACUGCAACGAGCUGCUGAAGGACUUCCCAGACGAGCUGCGAUCCGAUAUCACCAUGCACCUUAACAAGGAGAUCCUGGAGCUGUCGCUGUUCGCCUCCGCCAGCCGCGGCUGCCUGCGCUCCCUGUCGCUGCACAUCAAGACCUCCUUCUGCGCUCCCGGGGAGUACCUCCUCCGGCAGGGCGACGCCCUCCAGGCCAUCUUCUUCGUCUGCUCGGGGUCCAUGGAAGUGCUGAAAGACGGCAUGGUGCUGGCCAUCCUCGGUAAAGGGGACCUGAUCGGAGCGAACCUGUCCUUGGAUGACCGGGUGAUAAAAACCAACGCGGACGUGAAGGCCCUGACCUACUGCGACCUGCAGUGUAUCAAUCUGAGAGGACUCUACGAGGUGCUGGACCUCUACCCAGAAUACUCCCACCACUUUGUCCAGGAUAUCCAGCAGGACCUCACGUACAACCUGAGGGAAGGACAUGAGACGCAUGUUAAAGCCAGACUGUCCACAGCAGCUUUAGAGACUCAGUCCAGGGUGAAAAGAAAUGGACGGCUGAUUCAGGGCUGUCCGCCGAUCACAGAGUCACGGGAGGAGCACGGAGACGAUGCAGAGGAAGAGGAGGAGGAAGAGGAGGAGGAGGAGGAACAUCGGGCCAGAUCCGUGUCUCUGUCGUCGGACAAGAACCGGGCGGCGAACCUCAGGGAUGCCGGUGGGAAGUCUCCGCUGUUUCGACCGGGCCAGAAGAUGGCGGGGCAGAGCUCCAACCGGUCUCGGAGGAAGAGCCAGGAAAUGAGCCUCACCACGUUAGAUCCUUCCAACCUCAGCCCCAGGAUCGUGGACGGUACUGAAGACAGCGAGGGGACUGAAGGCUCGCUGGCUUUCUCCUUCUCUCCCAGCCGAGGCCGUCCUGUCAGUGAACCAACCAGUGCCUCAGCAGCUGCUACAGAUUUGCUGCAUAUCAGCACCGCAGAACUAGCAGCUAAAGCAGAGGAGACCAGAGGACAACUGCGGCACCUCGACCAACAGGUCAGCACCCUCCGGAGGGAAGUGUCCGACCUCGGGCAGGUCAUGAGGCGAAUGGCCCAGCUCAUGGAGACGCUCAUGCCACCAGUGCCACAACCCACCGUGGUCUGCCCGACCCUCUACUCCCCGGCGCGCCACGCCCACCUGCACCACCCGUCCUCCCCUCAGGCUCGCCCCGCCUCCGCCUGGACAGACGCUGCCACGUCCUGCCCGUUCACCGUCCCCCAGCAGCGCGGCACCGUGUGCCGCCCGGACUCCGCCGCACUGAGGCCCCGGAGCCUCCAGCUGAGGCCGCCUGCCGUCCCCGCCUCCACUCCUUCUCUGACUCCCAGCUCGUCGGCCGUUCAGCUGCAGCUGUCCUCCAUGCUGCCACAGCCCCGCAUGCCGUCGUCGUCCUUCAGCUCCCCCGAUUUCUCCCACUACAGAGACGGGGCCUCCAGCCCCUUCCAGCCAAGGAUACACAGUCCUGCUCAGGACACGGCGGACAGUUCGGGGUGUUCCUCCUCUCAUACUGGACUUGGAGGGAUCUUCUACAGCCCGACCAAGAGUUUGUAGCACCUUCCUGACGUCUGGAGGACUUUUUUUUUUUUUUUUUUUCCUAUGUGGCUGAAUAAAACAUGAGACAAAUUCACUACAGUCCCUUAUAUCGCUGGAAGAUGUUUACAGGGAUGCGAUGCAGAUUUGUUUUUAAGGCACGUGAUUAGAAAAAAAAUCCAGUUGCAUGAAAACGAGAACAGAAAGUUGUAGGUGUGUUAGCUCUACAGUGUAGAAACUUAGUGUUAGACAAUAUGUAGAGGUUUGGGCCAGCUUUACGG